CUCUAUUUUAAUCUGACAAUCACAACUACAGAGAAGGGCUUGUCUACAACUUGCUGAGCAGGCUGCAAGGAAUUUGUUUUACCCUCCACUCCCUCGCUCUGCUUUCAGUCACGGUGACUACACUAGCUGCUUUGAACCACUAGUAACGUCAACGCGCUGCCGCGCCCGUUAGAGGCAAGCGGAGACGCCAUGGAAAACCCACGCGUCUGGUUUGACAUCCAAAUCGGCAGCGAAGCUGCUGGCCGUGUUGUGAUGGAGCUGUAUGCUGAUAUUGUGCCCAAAACCGCGGAGAACUUUCGGGCGCUGUGCACCGGCGAGAAGGGCGUGGGGAAAUCGGGCAAGCGGCUGCACUUUAAAGGCUGCGUCUUCCACCGCAUCAUCCCGGAGUUCAUGUGCCAGGGCGGCGACUUCACGGCCAGCGAUGGCACGGGCGGCGAGUCCAUCUACGGCGCCAAAUUCGCGGACGAGGCGCCCGGCCUGGCGCUCAAGCACGACAAGCCCGGCAUCUUAUCCAUGGCCAACGCGGGGGCUAACACCAACGGGUCCCAGUUCUUCAUCUGCACGGUGCCCACGCCCUGGCUGAACGGCAAGCACGUGGUGUUCGGGCGGGUGGUGGAGGGCAUGACCACCGUGAAGCGCAUGGAGGUGGUGGGGCAGCGCAGCGGCAAGCCCAGCCGCAAGGUCAUCAUCACGGACUGCGGGCAGCUGCCCAGCAAGCUGCAGAUGAUGCUCAAGCUCAAGGCGGAGAAGGAGGAGGCGGCCAAACUCAAGUCAGACCCCAACGAGCUGAACCCGGACCAGGACUCCCUGGCCCGGCUCAAGGCGCUGCAGCAGCAGACGGAGCAGCAGCAGGCCGCCAAGAAGGCGCGCAAGGCCCCGGCCGGAGCCCUGGGCUCCAUCGCGGCCUCACUCCUGGGCAUCGGCAAGGAGGGCGCGGCGGGCUCGGAGGCGGCGGCGGCGCCGGCGGAGGGCGGCGAGAAGCGGAAGCGCAAGGCGCGUGACGCGUCUGCGGAGCCGGAGGCGGAGCAGCAGCAGCAGCAGCAGCAGCAGCAGGGAGGGGAGGAGAUGGAGAUGGAGCAGGAGGAGCGGCAACAUGGCGGCGCAGGAGCAGGGCCGGGCCCCGGGUCGGAGGGCGGCGAGGAGGAGGGGGCGGGGGGCGCAGGAGGCGGGGUGGUGGUGGAGGGCGCGGACCCGUUUGCGGGCCUGUCCGCCAAGCAGCGCAAGUUGAUGGAGCUGCGGCAGCGGCUGCAGGUGUGCCGCAAGCAGAACCAGGGAGCCGUCAUUGCGGAGAAGAAGAGGCAAAAGAGCCCCGGCGCGGAGGCGGCAGCGGACGACAGCGCCAGCGGGCAGCGGCGGUGGCACGAGGAGAAGCAGCGCAAGAGGGCUGAGGAGCUGGCGCGGUUGGGGCUGGACCCCACACAGGCGCACAGGCUGGAGACGGCGGAGACGGCGGCUCUUAAGUAUGAGAAGCGCGAUAAGAAGGGCGGGCCCACAGGCUGGGGCGUGUUCGCGCCGGAGAACCUGUACCAGGCUCACCUGAAGCGCGCGGAGGCGGGUGUGGCUGCGGCCUACAGCGUGGAGGACUAUGAGAGGGCCAAGGCGGCUGACCCAGAGUUCUACAGGGGCGCUGACAGCCUCAAGUACGGGCAGCAGCCCAAGCUGCCAGCCGCCAACGUGGAGAAGAUGGUGGCGGAGCUGCAGGAGCGCGACCGCAAGAAGGACGAGUUCAGCCGGCGGCGGGCGCACAACGACGGCUCCGACGUGGACUUCAUCAACGACCGCAACGCCCACUUCAACAAGAAGAUCCAACGCGCGUUCGGGCAGUACACCACCGAGAUCAAGGGCAACCUGGAGCGCGGCACCGCUCUGCCGGACCGGUAGUAGUGGUGGUGGUGGUGAUGUGGUGUGGUGUCGGCGGCGUCGAGUGUGUUCAGGUUGGACUGGUGCAGGUCUCUGGCAGCGGCAGCAAAGCUGUUGGUGGAAGGACGGCACGGCAGCAAUGCAGCUCGAGAGCACAUGUUGUUUCUGACGGUGGUGUGUCGAGCACUCUUUCUCGCGUGUUGUUCUUACUUGGUUUGGUGCCUGCUGAGUGCCAGGAGCUGCGAUGUGUGACUGCGGCCGCGGCCGCGCUGCCGCCAGUGUAAUGAGGCUAUUGCGUGCUGUGAGCUGGGUAAUACAAUCAUGAUGUUCGAUGAGUUGAUGACCGUGAAAGACCCCUUGCCCUUGGACUCCAUCCGUUCUUGCCCGGGGGGUUCGGCGGGGUUUUGACAGGCCGGCCGGGCGGCCGCGGGGCGCCAUGCGGCUUUUAAGGAUAUCAAAGUG